UGAGCAGAAAAAUGGAGGGAAAGGAGCAAAAUGUUUCAUUGGGAGCCAACAAAUUCUCAGAGAGGCAACCAAUUGGAACUGCGGUUCAGAGCCAAGACGAUGGUAACCGUCAUGGUUAUGCAGGUGUUGGCUGCCACCUUUAUUCUUGUCUACACCGUUUUCUCAGCCACCGAUGCCAAGUGUAACGCUAGAGACUCACACGUCCCUAUUUUGGCACCCUUGCCAAUUGGGUUCGCUGUGUUCUUGGUGCACUUGGCCACAAUCCCAAUCACUGGAACUGGUAUUAACCCUGCACGUAGUCUCGGUGCUGCCAUCAUCUUCAACAAAGACCUUGGCUGGGAUGAUCACUGGAUUUUCUGGGUUGGACCUUUCGUUGGUGCAGCUCUUGCGGCACUUUACCACCAAGUUGUAAUCAGAGCCAUUCCCUUCAAAUAAACGGAUACAACGGUUCGUGAUCGUUGAUUUUCGGGGUCAACCAAGUUGGGUAAAAAGACCCAAACCAAGCAAGUUUCUUGUUUUAUUUUAUGAUAUAUAUCGUCAUCAUCUGUUUUCUUAAUUUGCUCCUUAUUUUCUUUCUUUUUGAUUAUUAAACCUUCUAUUUUGUAUGUAAAUUAAGAAUGUAAUGUAAUAUGAUUAUGGUGGUGCGUGUUUUGCCUAAGGGGCCAGUUUUCCUCUACUUUUAAGUUGGAAGAUGGCCAUGUGUGAUGUAAUUGUGAUCAUUGAUCUAUCAAAU